AUGACCAGCUCAAUGAUGUUCAGGACGCUGCUCUUCUGCGCCGUGGCUGGAGUUGGCUGCGCGCUCGGCUGCAGGUGGAUGGAGCACAAGUAUCCACAAUUCAGAGACAGCUCUCUGGGUCUGCUCAAGGCGAUGAGAGAGGAGAAGCUCAAAUUCAUGGGCCAACUUCUGGAUGAGAUUGUGGCUCUGUUUGAGGAGGACCAGACCUCUGCUCCGUGGCAAGAGACCGUAAUGGACGAUUUCCUGAACAUCAUCUCGCAGCAGGCAGACGGACUCCGCGCUUGUGUUUCAAGCCAAAACCUCAAAAGAAAGAGCAAGAAGUUGAGCAUGUACUUCAAGAGACUGUCCACUCUGCUGGAGCAAACGAGCCACAGCACUCAAGCCUGGGAAUGGAUUCGCACAGAAGUCAAAGUGCAUCUCCAAAGAGCAGACCUGCUGGUUCCAGCUAAAACCAACUAG